AUGAAAAGUUUUUCUGUUGAAAAUAUUUCAUCUCAGAAUUUGAUGAAAUCAUCAGUUCAAAGGAGCAUAAAAGCAACGAUAUUAAAACAAUAUCCCAAGUUGGAAGAUCAUAUUGAAAAUAUUUUCCCAAAAAAGGGUUCCUUAUUUUUAGGAAAAUGUAUUAAUCAUGUUACGGUUAUUCUUGGAAAUAAUGAGCUUUUAUUUUUCCAAAUAAGAAAUGGACCAUGGAUACCAAAUUUAAAAUUAGUACACAAAUAUCCUUUUAUGAUGCCUCAAAUACAAGUUGAUAAAGGAGCAAUAAAACACGUACUAAGAGGUUCCAAUAUUAUGUGCCCUGGAGUAACAUCUCCUGGAGGCAAACUUGAUGAUGUUGAAGCAAAUACAGUUGUACAAAUAAGAGCAGAAGAUAAAGAAUUUCCUUGUGCUGUAGGAAUUACCACAAUGUCAUCAAAAGAAAUUAUUGAAAUAAAUAAGGACAUGUGUAUUGAGAACAUACAUUAUUUAAAUGAUGGAUUGUGGAAUUUUAAAAUAGAAACUUAA